UUCGUCGGUGGGCGGUUACAUAUGCAAGUUUUCGUUGCCUGGAAAAAAGCGGCUUGGUGUCCAUUGACAUGUCUAUCGUGGAUUUGAAGAUCUUUGACAACUUGCGCGGUUUUCAAAUAUUAGUCUGCGAAAUGAUUGCGGGUUUGAAGGGUUGAACGUUGCCGUAAUCGAAGAAAUAGUCUACAACUUUGUGAAAAAUGGCUUGGCAAUUCGUUUGUGAAGCAGCGAAGCUGCAGCUUGGGGCACUACAAAAAGUUAGGACUAUAAUUGGCAACGAAUCUUGCGAUCUGGAUUCAGCAUCUUCUGCCCUUGCAUAUAGCUACCUCCAAAAUUGUAUGGCAAACAGAAAUCCUAAUAUUGGCACAGUAAUACCAGUUCUAAAUAUUCCCCAGGAAGACUUUACCCUGAAGACCGAAGUUUGUUAUUACCUUAAAAAGUGUGGUGUUCCACUCGGUGACCUGUUUUUCAGAGACACAAUUAACUUCGAUUUACUAAUGUCGUCUAGUGAAGUGGAGAUUGUGCUGGUUGACCACCAUGCCCUCUCUGAUAAGGACACUUCUCUUAAGCAGUACGUGAUUGAGGUUAUUGAUCAUAGACCCCUUGAUCCGGAUUGGCAGUGGGAGAAUGUAGAAAAGACCAUGGAGACGGUUGGUUCAUGUUCAACGCUGGUAGCUGAAUUGGUGAUCACCCAAACUGAAUUCCCAGUGCCACAAGAAGUUCUCAUGUUACUUUAUGGUACAAUCAUCUUAGACACAGCUUGCUUGUCGGAUAAUCCGAAGAAGUUUACUGCCAAAGAUGUGUCAGUUCUGGAAGAGCUGGAGAAACGACUCGUGAAUAAACCAGGCCGUAGUACUCUUUACAGUGAGCUACUGUCUGUUCAAUGUGAUAUAACCGAAUUAUCAAUUUCACAGUUAUUGAGGAAAGACUUGAAAGUAGUGUCUAAUAUCCCAGUUUCCUCACUCCCCUUGUUGAUACAGGACUUCUUGGGCAUGUCAGAUGCAGAAGAAGAAGUAGAGAGAUUUGCUGAGACUUACCAGUAUAAAGCUGUUGUGAUUUUAGGAGUAUCCAAAUUGGGCAGUGAACUAAGGAGGGAAGUUGGAAUUUUUUCACAAGAAAGAAGUUUGCUUAAAGUGCUGACAGAUAGCCUGACAAAAUCCAAGACUCCCAAUCUUCAGCUUCAACCUAUAAAAAAAAUUUCUGACAGUGGAAAGGUGGUACUUUUCCGGCAACUGAAUAAAGAUGCUUCAAGGAAACAGAUAGUACCUUUGGUGAAAGAGGCAGUCAUAAAUUAUGAAAGAACACAUGGACCGAGUUGUAGUUCUACCAGAAGCUGAGAGGUACAUACAGUCUGCAAAUAUGGUAUAGGAGUGUCAUGUUUGGUGCUAAAACUCUGUUUAAACACUCGGGACUUGGGAAAACGAAAUUGGAUGGCUGCAGUGAAGUAUUUCUCUGUUGUUCAAUGGUGAAUGGAUUGUCCUCCAUUCCAGUGUCUCUGUUUUUUUUAAAAAAGUGAAGAACUCGGAUUUCAGUGGUGGAGAACAAAGUGAAAUGCAAUAAGUGUUCCUGUAAUGCAGCUUCUUUGCAUUAUUUUUAACUGAAACUAUCCAUGUUUUCUCUCUCUCUCUCUCUCUCCCUCUCUCUCUCUCCCUCCAUCCCCCUCCAUCACUCCCUCCCUCCAUCCCCCUCCAUCACUCCCUCACUCCAUCCCCCUCCAUCACUCCCUCCCUCCAUCCCCCUCCAUCACUCCCUCCCUCCAUCCCCCUCCCUCACUCCCCCUCCCUCCCUCCCUCCCUCCCUCCCUCCCCCUCCUUCACUCCCUCCCCCUCCUUCACUCCCUCCCUCCCCCUCCCUCUUUCCCCUCCCUCCCUCUUUCCCCUCCCUCCCUCUUUCCCCUCCCUCCCUCUUUCCCCUCCCUCCCUCUUUCCCCUCCCUCCCUCUUUCCCCUCCCUCCCUCUUUCCCCUCCCUCCCUCUUUCCCCUCCCUCCCUCUUUUCCCUCCCUCCCUCUUUUCCCUCCCUCCCUCUUUCCCCUCCCUCCCUCUUUCCCCUCCCUCCCUCUUCCUCCUCUAUUUUUAUACUCUUGCUUGUGCAAGUUACUGAAAUUGUCAAUGUUGUGCAUCCUAAUAUUAAGUGGGAAUGUGUGCAGCUUAAUGGAGGGACAAAAAAGUCAAAUUAGACUCUCAGUUAUUAAAAAGAUUAUAUAAGCCAUCUGUUAUCUUAAAUGUAUCACUGUACCCAUGUGAACUGAAUUUUACAUUACCUGAUUAGAUAAAUAUAUGGAAAUGUUUAUUAUA